AUGCUGCCUGCAACAGCGGCGGUGCUCGCGGGCCUCGCGGGGCGCCCGGCACACGCGGCGGACUACAAGGUCGACACCACCGCGGACAGUUCUAUCGACCUGACGAUCACGGACAAGGUCUUCUUCGACAUUUCGCUGUGCGAGACGGCGUACCGUCAGGACCGAGCCAUUGGCGACAAAAGCGCUGUUUGCCAGGACGGCGCGCCGCUCGGGCGCGUCGUCAUCGGCCUCUACGGCAAGCACGUCCCCGGGACGGUCAGCAACUUCGUCAAAGCAGUUGACGCGGGGCUCUACGACGGCACGACCUUCGCGCGGCUGUUCCCGGGCGAGUUCAUCCUCGCGGGCAAGCAGGGCUCGAAGCGCAUGGGCGAGGUCGACCUCCGCGAGGGCGUCCUGGCGCCGAACGACGAGGAGACGUCCUCGCGCGCCUUCAAGCUACGGCACCUGCGCCCGGGGACGGUCUCCCUGGCGCUCGCGGCGAACGACGACGACGAGUUCCUCCGCGAGCGGCCGUGGUACCGCAGCACGGCCUUCCUCAUCACCACGGGCCCCGGCCCCGCGCCUGCGCUCGACAACGGCAACAUCGUAAUGGGGCAGGUCGUAGAGGGGCUGGACACGGUCGCGGACAUCGCGAACGUGCCGGCGAUCAAGCCGCUCGGGCGCGUGCAGGCGUUCAACGCGCUCGCGACGGCGAUCGGGGACGACCGGGCCGUGAAGGCGCGGGGGAAGUGGGGCAAGCCGCUCAAGGCCGUGGUGAUCAACCACGCCGGCGUGCUGCGGUGA